UCCUCACCCACAAUGGAGCCUGAAGAGAUUUACUCGGAAACUGGCUCCCACUUUUAGAUUUAUCUGUACUGAUUAUACUUUAAAAGCCUGUUUUACGCUAUAUUUUAAUCUACAAGUAUCCCGAUGUGUUUGUAAAUUAUAGACGUUUGCUGGCCGCUUGAGAUACUCAGGUAUCAACAUCACUUGUGGUCUUCGGGUUUAAGGAGGAAAUUGUUCUGGGCGCUAGCUAGUAAACCAUCUCGGGAAUCCGCGUUUGUCAUUGAAUAGCUAACUACAUUUGGUCUCGGAAAGUUAAGUCAAGUCGUUCUUGGCAUCAUCAUAUUGCGGGAUGACUGAGUACAAGCUGGUUGUGGUGGGGGCCGGAGGCGUGGGGAAGAGCGCACUCACUAUCCAGCUCAUCCAAAACCACUUCGUCGAUGAGUACGACCCCACCAUAGAGGACUCGUACAGGAAGCAGGUGGUGAUUGAUGGAGAGACUUGUCUGCUGGACAUCCUUGACACAGCAGGUCAGGAGGAGUACAGUGCCAUGAGGGAUCAGUACAUGAGGACUGGGGAAGGCUUCCUCUGUGUCUUCGCCAUCAACAACAGCAAGUCCUUUGAGGACGUGCACCUGUACAGAGAGCAGAUAAACCGGGUGAAGGACAGCGACAGCGUUCCCAUGGUGUUGGUGGGCAAUAAGAGUGACCUGGGCUCCCGCAGCGUGGAGACCAAGCAGGCACAGGAGUUGGCAAGGAGCUACGGGGUGCCCUUCGUAGAGACUUCUGCCAAGACCAGACAGGGGGUUGAGGAGGCCUUCUAUUCACUGGUGCGGGAGAUCAGAAGGUAUAAGGAAACGAACCGCAGUAACAAGAAGAGCAAGAAGAGCACACAGAGACGCUGCACGUUGCUAUAGCAGAGGACGGUCUCCACUCCUGACUAAACAGUCACACUGCCACAACUGAAACUGUCUCCACUAUCCAUCCUUAGCACCACACAACUGUUCACUCUGCUCACCUCUCCCAUUUCGCCAUCCAUAGCCACACCUCCCAGACACAACAAGGAACAAUGCUCCCCUCUCCUGUUCACGUUGGACUAGUUAAAAUCUCCCGUUUGAGUACAGGGACUUUGUACAUGCACUUGGACUUUUUAAUUCUAUAAAUUUAGUAUUGGCUGAUGUCUCAGUGGAAGUAAUGAAUGAGACAUGUUUGUGUUAAAUGGAUGGAUUAGGAUUCAGCCAAUUGCAAUGGAGAAGAAA